UGCAAGUAGCAGCCACGCAAUUUAAGAGACCAAGGCCCAAACAACUUGCAUGUGCGACAAAGAUUGCUAGCAAAUUGACGUCACUGCUAGGCUAAUAUAUUCUCCUCAACGCACAACUCUGGAUAUCCGGCUCUCCUUAAUUAUCUAGGUCCUGCGGAGCAAUUUUUUCUCCCACGUAUAAAUAAAUACUUGAUUUCACAACCCAAUUCUUUCUUUCGGAAAAUGGAUGAUGUUUUGGGUCUUCUAAGAAUUCGGGUUCGCAGAGGCAUCAAUCUUGCUGUUCGUGACACAUGUAGCAGUGAUCCUUAUGUUGUUAUCACCCACAGUGGUCAGAAAGUGAAAACUCGUGUUGUGAAAGACAAUUGCAACCCUUUGUGGGAUGAGGAGUUGACUAUCUCCAUUAAGAAUCCAAAUGAACCUAUAGUUCUAGAUGUGUACGAUAAAGACACUUUUACUAGGGAUGACAGCAUGGGAAAUGCAGAAAUAGAUAUCAAACCUUGUAUAGAGUGUCUGAGAAUGGAAUUGCAAGGCCUUCCAGAUGGCACCAAGGUCGAUAGAAUUCAGCCAAGCAGGAACAACUGCCUAGCUGAUGAGAGUUGUAUUAUUUGGAACAAAGGAAAAAUGACUCAAGACAUGGUUCUCAGAUUGAGAAAUGUGGAAAGUGGUGAAGUAGAGGUUCAAAUCGAAUGGAUUGAUCUUCCGGGCCGCAAAGGUGUCCAAGGUUGAGGUAUGCUUUAUAUAUGCCUUCUGUAUGUCGUAUGAAGGUUUAAACAUCCUUAUGUAAUUAAUUAUGUGUUGCUCAGUACAAUAGAACCUUGAUAAUAUGACCUUCAUCUGCCAGUUAAUUGUUAUAAAUAAGUGGCAGACUCUCGUUGGUAUUUCUGCUUAUGUAUAGGUAGACAAUGCUUUGUUGUAAAAUAAUUGCUGCUCUGGCUAUUAUCAUAUAUUUUGUUACUGCUUUGCCUUA